CUGCGAGUGAGUUCAGUACUCGUCUGACAACUGCCUGCUCGUGGUGAGCUCUAUAGCAAAACCAAUCGACCCAAACUGCUGGUCUAUCGUACAGAAGAAAGAAAGUAUUAUCUACUGUCGGAUGGUCAUUAACCACUGUUUUCUGUGUGUUCUAUGCUUCGAACUUGAUUAGUCUGCCUACAUUUUUUUCGAAAAAGUGUUCGUCCCGUGCCUGUGAGCGAUGUGAAAACUACUCAGUGAUAUAAAACUACCUUCCAAUAAUGGUGAUGGUGGCCGCAGUGGCUGUAUUGUGGUGAUUGGUGAGCUCUUCCUGCAGUUGCGGCCUCGGCGUUCUUGAGAUGAGCAGCUAUUCUUCAUCGUCUACAGAGCAAAACGGGCAACUUGGAAAGGCGACAUCCGAUAUUCGCACGGACAAUGAAAAGCUGGUGGUAAGGCAGAAAAUCAAUAAUAACAGCAACAGCAACUACAGUUCUAGUUCUGCGGGUGCAGUCGGAGCAGCAGUGCACCAAAGAGAAACUGCAUUGAAGGGCAGAUGUGAUAGUGUUGGUAGUGUUUUCACGGAAGACUGCAACGAGAUGAAUAUCAACGGAGGAAGGGCGGAUGAGGGGGUGGUGGAAUCACCCGUGUUGGGUGGCUCGCAGACGUCCUUGAGCGAGGAACGACUACGUAGGAAGCUGCAAUUUUUCUUCAUGAAUCCAAUCGAGAAAUGGCAAGCUAAAAGACGAUUUCCCUACAAGUUUGUCGUUCAGGUCAUAAAGAUUGUACUGGUCACGCUCCAGUUGUGCCUUUUUGCGCACUCCCGAUACAUGCACGUGAACUACACGUGGGACAAUACAAUUACGUUCUCACACAUGUUCCUUCGGGGAUGGGACAUCACAAUGGAAGUCAGCACCUAUCCGCCGGAGACGGGACCGCUUUCCGUCUAUGCGAUUGAUGAAUUCUUCCAAACCAUCGACUACGCAAUCGAUGGCUACGCAAAUCUGUCGGAAGCCAUUGGGCCGUACUCCUACCCGAACGAAGACAACACUAUGCCUCCGAUGCAGUUCUGUUUGUACCGCUACAAGGACGGUACAAUUUUCGGAUUCAACGAGAGCUACGUUUUCAACCCGGAAAUCGACACGCUCUGUCUGGACCUGGACAGCAACGUUACGGCCAUCGGUAGUCGCAAGUAUCUCCACCAGAAAGAUAUCCAUAUCAACUUCUCGGCUUUGGUGAAGGCCGAACUUAAGUUUGCCAUCAAAACGGUCAACUUUAAAGCUGCCGGCCCAAUAACGGCCCCGGACUGCUACCAAUUCGAUAUCCUCAUCUUCUUCAACAACCAAGAUCACGACGGUCAAAUGACGCUGAAACUCGAAGCGGAACCCAUGCGUCUCAUUUGCCACGGAGACGUUGAGUUCAUCAAAAACUCACAAAUCGAUGACGCUCUCCGUAGCGCCCUGAACAUUCUGGUAAUCGUAAUAUGCGUCGUGUCGUUCGCCCUCUGCGCUCGUGCCAUUUACCGGGCGCAGCUUCUCCGGAUCAUCACCGCCGACUUCUUCCAGCAAGUGUACGGCAAGGACCUCACCCUCGAAGGCAAGAUGGAAUUCGUCAACAUGUGGUACAUCAUGAUCGUCUGCAACGACGUCCUCCUUAUCAUUGGUUCGGCCCUCAAAGAGCAAAUCGAGCAGAAACACUUCAUCGCCGAUGACUGGAACCUUUGCUCCUUGCUGCUUGGCAUAGGCAACCUACUGGUCUGGUUCGGCGUCCUGCGAUACUUGGGCUUCUUCAAAACCUAUAAUGUCGUCAUCCUUACCCUGAAGAAAGCCGCCCCUAAAAUCCUCCGAUUCCUGCUGUGCGCUCUCCUGAUCUACGCCGGUUUCACCUUCUGCGGCUGGCUCGUCCUCGGUCCCUACCACAUCAAGUUCCGUUCCCUUUCCACCACUUCCGAGUGCCUCUUUUCCCUCAUCAACGGCGAUGACAUGUUCGCCACCUUCACCAUCAUGUCCGAGAAAUCCGUCAUGCUGUGGUGGUUCUGCCGCAUCUAUCUCUACUCCUUCACCAGCCUGUAUAUCUACGUGGUCCUGUCGCUGUUCAUCUCGGUCAUCAUGGACGCCUACGACACGAUCAAGAAGUAUUACAAGGACGGCUUCCCGCAGUCCGAUCUGAGGCUAUUCGUUGGUCCGUACCACCCGAACGACUUCUCCACCGGAGUGUUCCGCGACGACGAUUUCGACUGUGAUCAAAGAAUCGGCUUUCUGGAGUCUCUGAAACGGAUAUUUUGCUUUUGGCGAAGCAAUCGCGACCGAGGCCCAACCGGAUACACGUCCCUCAUACCGAAGGCGUCGUCUUCCUCCUCCGCCGAAGGCUAUGUCUCGUAAAUAAAGUAGCGAAUUUAAUUGCAAGUUGAUAUUUUGUACCCGGAGAAAUAUUCCAGGCUUUGUUUUAACAUUCACUGUUAUGUAUCACGAUUAGCCCGUAAGUUGAAAUUGGAACUGCUACCAAAAACUAGAAAUCCCUUUCUUUAGAGCACUGUCCAGCAAGCCAUUGUAAAAUUAGGUUAAAUAGUAGUUAUUCGUUUUCGUAGCCGCUCAAAUAUAACGCAAAUAUUAUAGCAUUGGGGAAAUAACAAUGCUUCAAAAAAUAAGGGGAUGAAUUG